AUGGUAUGCUGUACAAAAUCGGAUUUAAAGAAUAUGGAAUCUCGAGAUUACUAUCGGGAUUCAACUAUGCCAAUCAUACCUAAUCGUCAGAAUUUUGAGGAAAAUACAUAUAUAAACUAUCCGCCAAGAAGUCAAGAACUGAUUCCUACCCAAAUCAGUCAGUCGAUAAGCGCGUUCAAUACAGCAUUAGACCAACAGGCAACCUAUCAAAACCCUAUGGUUCGAAGUCGGGAGCAAUACUUACCCCCGCCCAUCAUCACAUCUAAAGUGGAACUGGACCGCUUGGAAGAAAAAGCUAGACGACAAGCUAUGGCAAUGGGACCUCCCUCAACAUCCAGUAGGAAUCCUGACAGUGACUAUGCGACCGGUGGUGUCUCGUCCGAAUCACCCGGGCCAUCAAUAUCAGCCCAAAUAGCUGCGUCAAGGUUUAUGGCUCCUGUCGACUGUCAUCCACCUUUGCCCGAGUUAGACGAGAAUUUAAGAAGUGGAUCGUUACGCUGGCCAGAGACUCAGGAUGAUUCGACUAUCUUUGAGGAUGACAAUGAUGAUGAUGAUGAUGAUGAUGACGAGGAUUACUUCGGUUAA